GUUAUGAACAAAAGUGAGGUUAUGUCGGAUUGUGCGGACUCGAAAUCGUUAAAAAAGUGGGACGCGGCGGCGUGUGUGUGAAAUAAUACAGUUGUCUGAUUGGAAAAUCGAAUCGAGGGAUUGUGCCGGCCGCCCCGCCGGAAAGCGCGAUUGAUCCCCCAGCCCCCAUAGCGAAAGUGAGGUUAGGUCAGCUGUCAAACCCGCGAUUACCGGAUUCCCGGUAUCGGCGUAAUUGUUCCACGAAACGGCUGCACCACGUCGAUCCCCGUGCAUUAUUUAGCGCUUUAUCGACCGGCAGCCCCCAGCACCCCAACCCAAAUAUUUACUUGGCAGACGCUCAAUGUUUAUGUUUUUACACAGUUCGGGGAAUCAAGUCAGUCGGACAAGUGCAUCUGCAGUGGUACGGUGUGCCGUGAGUGCGCAUGAGUGUUUUUGCUCGAGAUGAAUCCGAAGAGUAGUUCGAAGAGCCCCAGCAGGAGCGGCAAGCUGGGUUCGGACUUCGCCUCGCAGAGGGCGGUGGUGCCGCCGGUUUUGCGCGAGGUCGGGAAGUUGGCGGCGGGGGUGGCCUCGGUCAGCACGAAUUCUGGAGGAUCAGCAACAGGCAAUCUACGCAACAAAUAUGCCCUCGCGCCCGGCCAUUCUCUCAUGGACUGGAUCCGGUUGGGUUCUUCCGGGAAGGACCUCACCGGAGUGGGACCACAGGCGGGCCAUCUAUCGGUGACACCGACCGAGCUCGCCUUGCAUAACAAAGAGACCGACGCCUGGUUAUGCAUCAGAGGACGGGUUUAUAACGUGACAGCAUACCUGCCAUUCCAUCCAGGAGGACCCGAGCAGCUCAUGAGGGGCGCGGGGAGGGACGCCACGGCACUCUUUGAAGAGGUGCACCCUUGGGUCAACUUCGACCAAAUCCUCAGCAAGUGCUACGUCGGCAGACUCAAGACCCACGUGGAGUUCGAGCCCGAGGAGGUGUUCAAGUCGCAGAAGGCCCCCAGGGAGCCGCCGCCCCCCGACGCCCUCAACGUGGCUCCGAAGGCGCCCAACGAAGAGACUGUGAAAAAUGCCACAACCAAGGAACCAAUUUUGUUACCGAAAUUCGAUUGGAUCCAGAAACUGGACUAUAUCACUAUUAUUUUUUAUACGGGGAAUUUUUCUAAUCCGCUGAUAGAGGCUAAUCGAGUCGACGAAAGGACCUUUCAUAUUUCCCUAAGUUACAAAAACACCGUCUUUGAGAACGAGAUUUUGUUCAGCGACAAGGUGAAUUGGCCGUGUCAGUUCAGAGUGGGCUACGAGACGGGGAAGGUGGAGAUGGUCUACAAGAAGUGCCAGGGAAGUAUUUGGGAGAAUUUCGGGGUGCUGAAGCAGACGUCGAAGAGCAGGACGAACUCGCUGGUGGAGGCUAGGUUGAAGUGCAGAGUAGUUAACAAGGUUAAGGUUAAUCAUAAUACGGUCCUGGUCGAGAUGGAGAGAAUGGAUGGGAACAAGAGCAUCGUCCCGCUCGGAAAGCACGUCAAAGUUUUUGCGUCAAUCAAAGGUCAAGAACUCGUGCGCAGCUACACCCCAGUCCCCAACAGCCUCUUCACCACUUUCCGCAACCAGCCAUACACCACCGACACCGUCUGCCUCAUGGUGAAACGCUACCCCGACGGCAACGUCAGCAACGUCCUCGGCGACUCCCUCACCGGCGACACCAUCAUAAUCUCCAAACCCCUAGGCAGCUUCAACCUCCACAGCAUCGAGAAACGCGAAACCUUCAUAAUUCUAGCAGCCGGAACCGGCAUCACCCCCAUGUUCUCCGUCAUCCUCUUCCUCCUGGAGCGGCGAAUACGAAAAUGCCAGCACCUGCGCCUGCUCUUCUUCAACAAAACCCCCGACGACAUCCUCUUCCGCUCGCAGUUCGACGAGCUGCAGACGCAGGACCCCCGGUUCAAAAUCUUCAACAUUCUGUCGCAGCCGGACGGCUCCUGGGCGGGGCUUAAGGGGCACAUCAGCCGGUCCUUCCUCGAGGAAACCAUUGCCGACCACUUGAGAGACACCACGUACGUGAAGAGCGACAUCUACUUCAUGGUUUGCGGCCCCACGAUCUUCACCACGCUAACGCAUCAGCUGUUCAAAGAUUUAGAGUUCAAAGACGAUCAAGUUCACGUUUUCUUAGGAUAGCAGGACGUCGAUGGUUUUGUGUUCAGCAUUGUUAACGAGCAAUAAGAGAUGUACAGUGUUCUAGAGCACGCGCUAUGACUUUGAACACAGCCUGGGUAGCCAUUUUUCUGUGUUUAUACAUUGUGAUAGAGCGCUUUAUGUGAAUUGUACAUAUUUAUAAAUAAAGAAGGAGAUAUUUUUUA